GAAAUGAUUGCUGUGCAACACCCUUGGGGGAAGACGGUGAUACUAUGUUGGCUUUUGUCAUUAGCACACACUGUCAACAGUAGCAACAGAAUGUAUUCAGAGAUGCCCAGCAAUGCUAGCCAGUUGGAUGAGGUGAUGUGUGGUCCUUACAACAGAAGAGGUUUGCUGUGUGGGGAGUGUAAGGAUGGCUACGGUCCUGCCGUCUACUCAUUUGACCAGAAAUGUGCCAAAUGCUCAAGUCUCUGGGUGUACCGAUAUCUGUCGAGGUUUCUGAGUGCAAGGAAGCGACUGGCCAUCACAGCAUUUGCUGAGGCUCUCCACAGCUGUUUCAAAGAUGGUCUGAAUGGAACUCGUGACUACAGAGCACUGGCUGGAGGGACAGUUUUUGUUGUUUUGCUUUCCUUUCUAAUAGGCAUGGUGUUUCAGAUACAUUUUUGAUUCCGGUGUCUCUGGAUUUGUUGAAACAAUGGUGUGCAUGACACUAGCUUGUGUAGUCACAUAUUUGAAGCCUUGCAAGUCAGCAGUUGCAAACUUGUCUCUCGGUUUUCACAUGAUUCUGUUUGGGAUUCUCAUUUCUGCAAUUAACCUGUGGCAAUAUGAUCUUUCAGUUGAAACCUACACACUUGAACUGAUCAUUAUCGUCACUCUUCUCUCGUCACACAUUCUGGUGGCUCUGUGGGCUGGCUAUACCUUGACCAAACACACACUGACAAGGUUUGGAUAUCAGUUCCAUGGCCCUGGUUGCAAGGUGACAUUGAGUGACAUGGCAAAUGGCGUGAGACGAUGCCUCUACAGACGGCACAGGGGCUACCAGGAGAUGCUUCCAUAGCGAGACAGUGCAUGACUAAAUUCAGCCAACAGUAUUCUGAAUACAUACAUAUUUUUUGACCUUGUGUGAUAUUUUGGACUGAAUUUUAUGCAUAGCUG